GGCCCAGAGGUAUAAUCCGUCUUCGGGUACGGGAAAAGAUGCCGUUAUCGGGGACGUUCAAAAAGUGACCGGCCCCGCUCAAAAAGUGGCCGGGCCAGAUAUGGGCUGGAUCGACACACCCACAAUCCCACUUGCAAACAUCACACGUGGAAGAGUAUUUUAGCGGAGCAUUAUGGAUGAGACACAGAGCCAGAGCGAUGAGAAGAAGGAAGAUAUUGUGGCUACCUUGAUGAACUUGUCAGAAACUCUUUGUGAAAAAGCUAUGGAGAUCAACGAAUCUGAAACUGCUAAAGAUUUAAUGAAACGUGGACAGAGUUUGCAAAAAAGGAGUAAGCAGAAAACUUCAUCUCGUAAUGUAGAACAACAUAAGGCUAGAACUGACAAUGUUCAAAUUAGCUGUUGCUUAAUGGAGCCAGGGCGCAAAGGAUUUGUGAAGUCAUCAGCCUUUUAUGAUGUCAGUUUAAGUAAAUCUGACACCUAUGUUUCAGUCAUAAGUAAAAUAUGUGAUGCUAUUGGUGAAGAUCGUUGUGAUGAGAUGAGAUUAUUGAAUGGAAAAGGGGCUAUAAUUCCUGACCAGCGUCUAAAUAUACGUGAGAAAGAAGUUGAAUGGACUGUGGGAUCUUUCCUACUGAAAAGACAUUCCUCACCUGAUAAGGUAUCUUUUGGUGUUGGAAUAAUUGAUGAAAAUGAGCCUAGACCUAAAAAAGCUAAAGUUAAUUGUGGUACUGGAAAUAGCACAGAAUAUCAGCUUUCUUCAAUAUGUAGUAGAGAUUAUGGUACUAUUGUAGCUUCUAGCAAUGAUAUUAUUAAGGUAUAUUAUGCAUCUGAUGAUAGCCUUGUUCCAUGUACUCGAAGUGAAGUAUGGGAAGAAAUUAAUGGGAUUGAAAAUGGCAUGGAUAAAAAUGGCAUAUUUAUUCCUGAAAGUAGUUUCUAUCAUGUGGCUUCAAUUGUGUUGCAUGAUCCCAACCAAAAAACCACUGUUUUACAUAGAGAUAAAAAAGGCUGUGUUACACCAUGUAUAUCAGGAAGUGAAACAUUCUGCUUUACAAGUAGCAACAAACCUGUUCUGACAUCAAAGGCUGCUAUUCCAAUUGUGGCUCUUAGCAGAUUUCACCCUAAAUGUAAAUAUAAGUGGAAGUGUUUCAAUGAUACUAGAAUGGAGUAUCCAUCAACACCUGUGAUAUAUGUUUCCCGUCCUUUUCUUUUCAAAUGCUCUGUAUACGUGGAUGAUGUAUUACAGGGAUCAGUUCAUUUUGAUGUGUUAAGUGAACCCAUUACUGAAACAGAUAGAGCUAAUGUAUCAGUUACUGAAAAAGAGGGAUCAAGUAAUUGUGUUCAGGCUGAAAUUUUAUCAAUUCCUCCUCCUUCCUUUGAUUCUCUAGAAUUUUUUCUGGAGGAAAUUAUGAGUUCUACAAACCAUUUAGACAAGCAGAAUGAAUUAGGGAGAGGCGGGUAUGGUUGUGUGUAUUUAGCUAAUGAUUUGAGGUCGGUGGGCACAACAGCUGCUAUAAAGAUUCUGUCUAAGGAAGGGUCUCAAGCACUCACUAAAGGAAAUGAUGAAGCAUAUCAGAUCCAGAAUGAGCUACAGGCAUUGAUGAAGUAUCGCCAUCCAAACAUUCUUGAAGUAAUGGGCUAUUGCUUUUCACCACAGCUAAAGGCUUUAGUGUAUCGUUACAUGGUGAAUGGUUCAUUAUAUUCAUGGAUACACUUAGUAGAAACUAAUGCUGGUUAUAUGCAGCAGUGGAAAUUAACCUGGGAUCGCCGCAUUUCUAUUCUAAAAGAUGUUUUCCGUGGAGUUGCUUAUCUCCAUGCUGGAGAUAAGCCCAUUAUCCAUCAAGACAUUAAAUCAAGCAAUGUUUUAUUGGAUAAAGAUUUCAAUGCUGUCAUUGGGGACUUUGGAUUUGCUCUAGCAAUUCCAAGGUCUGAAUCCGGACGCACUCUUUUCACUGCACCUUUAAUUGCAAGAACCGAGGGGUAUUAUCCCCCUGAACUACUCUCAGGCAAAAUCUCUCCAUUAUGCGAUGUGUAUAGCUGUGGUGUAUUAGUGUUGGAGGUAUAUACUGCUUUAAAACCAUAUUGCAAGUCUCGUGCAGAUCAUGAGUUGGUGAAUCAUACUGAGGAUUACAGGCAAGAUUUGAAACAAUUUAAAUCAAUUGCUGAUGCUAGUGCCAUUGAUGAGAUUAGUGACGAAGAGUGUGACUUUUUUUGAAGGUCACUAAUCAGUGCUUACAGAGAUAUACCAAACGACCAACAGCAAAUGAAGUAAGGUA